UUCAAAAAACGUAACGUUAAGGAGAUCUUCUUCUUUAUUUACUCUUCUUUAUCUAUUGAUGAUUGGGAGUUGAGAGAAGUUGCAAGCUUAACUUCAGGAGCUUACCUUGAAUAUCUCGUCCCCUUUGACACGCAGCUCGAUGUCUCGGGUCCCCAAAAGGCACUUGACGUCCUUAGCACACGUCCCCUGAGGCACGUUGACUUCGAUGAAAACCUCGUCCAUGGUCUGAUACCAGGAUCCCCAGGGUGUCUUGCAGGGCACGACACCGCUCCUCUCCUCGAAGUGCACUGACAUGCUGCGGCUUCAAACCGGCUGACUGGUCGGCUAACGCCAGCUAGCUACCUUAGCAAGCUACACUAUAUCUGGCUGGCAGAGAAAUUAUGCUAACAUUUCGCUACUCGGUCAAUCUUUAUCGACUGCUUCUCACAUCAACUGUUGUUAUUCUGUCCAUCACACUCUCGAAACUUCUUCUCCUUUCAGCGUGGAUUUCGCUUCCGGUUGUGAACAACAUUGUGCCGCCAUCUGCUGUCUGAUAACAUGAACUACAACAAGAAAAACUGCUCUCAUAAAACACACGCAGCAAUUUAUUGUCAUAGUGUAAACUGAUGAGUUGCAUUGGCUUUGGUUUUUUGUUUGUUUUCGUUAUUUUACUUUGGCUGUAAAGGAAACCAGAAUUCACUGUUUGUCUAAAAAUGGAGCGCAUUUACUAAUCUGUUAAUUAGAUUACUGUUCUCGCCUCAGUGUAUCCCGUGUCCUUAUGCAUACCUACCAGUCACUUUAACAACUCUUAAGACGCUAGCACAAUUAUUUCACUGCCCUCACAGACUAUUCUUUUUAAGAAUGAGUUUCUCAGAGAGUUGACUGCAAAUUUGGUGAUAAAUGCUGCCCAGGAUGGCUGUCCUGACAUUAAAUCUAGUUACUUUUAUCUGCUGGAUAAGUCUUGGUAAUGUAAGUGGAAAUGAGAAGAUUGAUUCGGACAACAUCACUCGCAUUCUGGAUCGACUUUUGGAUGGUUAUGACAACAGACUGCGACCUGGAUCUGGAGGUGGUGUCACCGAGGUGAAAACAGACAUCUUUGUCACUAGCUUUGGACCCGUUUCAGAUGUUGAGAUGGAGUACACCAUGGACAUGUUCUUCCGUCAGAUGUGGGUUGACGAGCGACUAAAAUUUGAGGGCCACACUGACAUCUUGCGGCUCAACAAUCGCAUGGUGGACAAGAUCUGGACACCAGACACUUUCUUCAGAAACUCCAGGAAGUCCAUUUCUCAUAACACGACCACACCUAACAAACUCUUCCGCAUCAUGCAGAACGGGACUGUCCUCUACACCAUGAGACUGACAAUAAGCGCAGAGUGUCCAAUGAGACUGAUGGACUUCCCCAUGGACGGCCACGCCUGUCCUCUCAGGUUUGGAAGCUAUGCCUAUACAAGCAGUGAAAUCAUGUUCACUUGGAGGAAGGGACCGAUAGCAUCUGUCGAGUGUCCCAUGGAGUCCAUGAGUCUUCUGCAGUAUGAUCUGGUGGGACAGACGUUGUCCAGUGAGAUAUUCAAAUCAAACACAGGUCACUACUCUGUGCAGGUGGUCCAUUUUUAUCUCCAGAGGAAGCUGGGCUACUACCUCAUACAGACUUACAUCCCUCUUAUAAUGGUUGUUGUGCUGUCACAAGUCUCUUUUUGGAUCAACAAAGAGUCUGUUCCUGCACGCACAGUUGCUGGCAUCACCACAGUGCUGACCAUGACCACCUUGAGCAUCAGUGCCCGUCAGUCACUUCCCAAAGUAGCCUAUGCCACUGCCAUGGAUUGGUUCAUUGCUGUGUGUUUUGCCUUCGUGGCGUCAGCUCUCAUCGAGUUUGCAGCAGUAAACUACUUUGCCACCAUCCAGGCCCAUCGUCUGAAGAAGCAGAAAGCUAGACAAGACAAGCUUGAGGUGUUGGCUACUGGCAGCGAAGAUAGCGACACAAUUUCGAUUGACAGCAUCCCUCAGGAAGGCCUGAAGAGGAGAAACCACUCAGUGAGUCGCAGUGAGCCAGGAGAUGCUCCGCCACUGCCGAUUUUCCUCCAGCAGGGCUCAGCCUUUCCUCAAGUCCCGCAGCUGGCUGGCACCAGCCCCAUCGACAAGUACGCCCGCGUCCUUUUCCCCCUGGCCUUCGCCCUCUUCAACUUAGUCUACUGGUACAUCUACAUGGUCAAGGACACCAUGGAGAUGGCCAGGGAUGCAGAUCUUAAAAACUAAGAGGACCUGGAAAAGGGGGGCAUAUACAGCCAAAGAGACCUUCAGCAUCCAGUCAGCCUCACCUUACCCUCCUCUCUGUCUCUGUGAACAAGCUCUCAGCAGUCACAUCUGACAGAGGAAAUGAAUCAGAAACUCAUUUAUUCUCCUGCCAUACAUCUAUUCAUUUCACAGGCUGCGACCACUGCCCACUUGUGUUCUGAUCAGUAGCUGAAGAGCUGCCUUUGACGGGCCUCAAUCACUUUUAAGCACUGCCGUGUACACACAACAACUUCUCGGGGCUCCGGACUGAGACCAGACGCCACACACAUACAGUAUGCAUGACGCUCGCACGCACACACACACACACACACACACACACACACACACAACCAAGAAACACAUCAAAAAGAAGUGGAUGAUAUAAUCUAUGAUGGCUGUAACUGGUGGUGAUGCAACAGUGAACCAAUGCUUUCAGAAGCCUGCCCUCUACAGAAGCACAGCUCCCACUACAACAAGAUCAAAGGCAAUUUAGAGGAGGCUUGCAUCCCUCCCCGCGGCUUCAAAAAUGUACUCAAACCUGAGAAAAUGAAUUGUGGGAUUGUGUUUUCCAUCCCACCUUUCUGCUCUGGCGCUCUGGUGCUCCCUCUGCAUUUUCAGAUCCACUGCAGGUCCUCUGAAAACAUUGCAGGGAAGAGUAGGAUAUAAUACCCAUGGGUGGUGAUGACAUUCUUUUUGAGUUUUUGUAUGGAUGGUGCAUGAUUGUUGGGCACAGAUGUUUGUACAUAAAGUGUCUACCUGUAAUGGAUACAGUUUUACUCUCUUUUAGCCCCUUAAUACGUCCAGUAACAUAAAACCUGAAGGAAUAAACUUGAUCUUAACUUGAUCACUCUAACCCUGCAGUGCAUCCCAUCGUUUGACCUUGUCAGGAUGUAGACAAACUUAUCUGCCAUGUAACAAACACAAGAAUAAAACGAGCCUAAAAUGAA